AUGAUCCUGUACAUCUUGACAUUGUUGUUCUACAGACCAGAAGCCCCCAUCUUCCUCGAUGUGGUCUGCAUAGACCAGGUGAAUGCAAAACGCAAAGCACGGGCAUUACUGAGCAUGGGUGCGUUCCUAAAGGCUUCUCGCUCAAUGCUGAUUCUUUGGGAUGCCACGUAUAGCGAUCGUUUGUGGACAAUGUUUGAGGUUGCUGCGUUCUUGCACAGCCGUGAGAAGGGCGAGACGCCAAAAGUCGUUUUGAGGCCCACGAUCCUAGGCCCUUGCUAUCUCGUGCUAACGCUGACUUUGAUCCUCGUUCUCACCAUUGGUGACAAUGUCGCUUGCGACCUCUCGGCCAGCAGCCGCUACGUAGUGUGGGCAUUUCAAUUUCUGAUUUGCUGCUGCGGCCUGUCCGUGAACAUAGCCGCUUUCAGGGCGUAUUUUCGAUCAGUGAGUGAUUCCCAGGAGAAGCUGGCGAGCUGGCGGCUUGCAGAUGUGAAAUGCGCUUGCUGCGACACCGGACAUGUUCAUGGCGGUGGAAUCUGCGACCGAAAGGUUGUACUGAAGUGCAUCCACCAGUGGUUCGGCAGUCUUGACAAUUUUGAAUCCCGCGUGCGAACGGAGAUCAGGGAGACUUUUGUGCACGAGCAGUCCAGGCAACCCUUCACCUAUGGCCAAGUUGUAGCUGUUCUUGCCCCAGUUAUCUGGAGCUACCUGGACAGAGCCUCGGCACAUGCUCGCUUCACCUCGUGGGAUCCAUGGUUGCAGGCGGCAAGUCAGGUCGCAAGAGGACUGGCUUGGUGGUUGGUGCUGAUCCAGUUUCGGCUGGCAUGUCGCUUCCAGAGAGAGUGCAGAUGGCCACGAUGCGACCCCUUCCUGAACUUGCUGCCGCUCAUGGCUGUUGUGCUCGUCCUUUUUCUGGGGGUUGUGGCAGAGCAACUAUUCUUCAAGCUCACCUUCAUUAGGCCCGGACACGAAGACAACAUGCUCUUGUUCGCCCUGAUUGUGAUCCCUCUAGCCUGGUUGCUUUACAGAUAUGUUGGGGCCGGACCAAGGCUGGUCCAAGCGGAGAGUACCAUAAGUGCAUGA